AUGAGAAAGCAGAGGAGGAGGCCACACGCAGAGAGGAAACGAGGGCACGAGCGGGCUGGAAGCGCGACGAGCCGUGCGCUGGUGUCGGGCUCCUCGGUCGACGGGGCGCAUGCAAAGCGAGGGUUUAUCCCACAUCCUGGGUCUUCACAGCCGACUGAAUCCUCACCAUGCAGCCUGAAACAGAACAGCAGGGAGGAGACAGAGAGGGAGACAGAGAGGGAGACAGAGAGGGAGACAGAGAGGGAGACAGAGAGGGAGACAGAGAGGGAGACAGAGAGGGAGACAGAGAGGGAGACCGAGAGGGAGACCGAGAGGGAGACCGAGAGGGAGGUGGAGAGGGAGGGAGACAGAGAGGGAGACGGAGAGGGAGACAGAGAAGGAGGUGGAGGGGAGACUGAGAGGGAGACAAAGCAGAGAUGGAGAGGAGACUGA